AUGGACGACAUCACCGAAGCUAGGCAGCUACUAGCGGUCAAGCUGCAACAACUGCACGACUUUCAGUUCGAGAGGUGCGUCGACCCACACUGUGGCUCGCUCGACGAUGUCUACACGGAGGAGCAGUUCCGCAUUCUCGUUUCAGACAUCCUGCCGCACUGGGCCAAGGUGUACUUCGGGUCGUCGAUGGCGUACCUCAGUCUGCCGCUAUGGAAGGCCUUGGCUGUGAGGGUGAUGAUCCUGAUGGCGCAUCACAUGCUGGGCAGGGGGAUCAGCAUCCGUACGAUCCGCUACUGCAACAUGUUCACUCACGUCCUUCUGCCCAUCACGAACAGCCCGGGGGAAUCAUCGAUCCUCGUUCUCGUGGUCGCUUAUCGCAAUUCGAAGACCGCCAAAGACAACAAGCUCGGCCAUCUGUACUUGACUCGACACAUGGACUUCCAGCAGUGCGGCUUUGGAGCAGUUUUCCUCUGGCUACACUUCCUUUUCGACCUCGUGCCACUCUACUACAACAAUGCGAAUAUCGUGUCCCUCUUGAUUUUUUCCGACCCGGAGGCCUGGUCGAAGAAACACCUGUUCUUCGCCCUCUUCGACAAAGAGAAGACACAGAUGCCGUACCCGACGCACAACAAAUGGGUGACAUGGGCGAUGAAUAGCGCGGCGUGGAUCCUGUCGAAAGUCACGCACAUCUUUCGACGGUCUGUGGCACAGAUCCUCGCGGACAAGAACUUAGACCUCGACACCAUCGCACAGCUGGGUCAAUGGGACAUGAACGAGAUGCGCAGGUUAUACGUCAUAGGCAUCCCGCGCCCGGCCAUCCAGAUGCAAGCGGGUUUCUCGCAGGAACCAAGCGACUAUUACAACGGAAGAUCGAAGACCAAAGUGCUCUCGAAGGUCCUGAAGGCUAUCGAGGAGCACAUAUUUCCUAAGGCGGAGCUGUGGCUCAUCGAGAUGUUGGGUUUGUGCAAGGACGAAGAUUUCAAAAAAUGGGCGCUCGACGUGUACAUGCUCGACAAGUACGGCAUCGAGAUGUGGACCAACCCCACGAUGUCGAGAGCAACGGACGUAUCCUCUCACCUCAACACCAAGCACCUCAUCACGCAACUUCGGGCCGAGAUCAACCUCCACAAGGAGGAGGGAGGGAAAAAACAAAUCCAGGUCAACCACCUCGAGAAGCAGGUCGAGUCAUUGGAGCGGGAGAAGAGCUUGAUGAAGGCAGAGUUGGAGGCGAAGACAGAGGCGUUCGCGCAACUAUAG